AUGGCGACAGGGGUGAAGAAGUUAAUGGACCGAUUCCCACAGUGCUUUCGGCUGAAUGACCUUUUAAGAUUUGCUAACAUCAUUUAUUUUGUCCGAACUGUUGAGAGCCGAUGGCCUUUUCCUGCUGUUGGGCGUCUUUCCUUCGUCAAAGGUUUUGACAAAGAACCCAUCUUGACCCCUCCUGACAAGCGAGAGGCAAGGUUUGCUCCUCUACCUCAAGAUGAUUUUCCUGCUGAGUUGCAAAAAUAUCGAGCUAUCCUUCUGGACCUUGAUGUAAAAGGUCAAGGGAAGAAAUGCCAGCUCUUUGUUGAUUGUAUUGCGAGCUCAUCAAGAGGUGUUGCUCGCCUUGUAGAAGUGCCUGGUUUUGAUGAUAAAAGAAUCCAAAUAUGUCUUCAGGCCGAGAUGGUCAUUGACACGGACCAACACGUGAACAAACAAAGAGAUCGUAGUGAAAUUGUAUCGACACGCAUUUACCCUUAA